AUGAGCGGAGACCAAAGCACACAGAUUUCGCUCCAGGAGGACGGGCUUAUCGACUCGCUUUUCCGCUCGCUGACGGAACGCGCCACGGAGGAGCCUGCUCCGCUCGAACACAUGACCUCCCGGCUACAACAGUACUACGAUAGCCUGCUUAACAAUGCCGACUGGAACGUGGAAAACCUGGAAGUGCGGCCAGGACACCCGACGUUUGUGGUCUGGUUUGUGUUUUCGUCGUACUUCCCGCUGAUCUGCGGCUGUCUCGGCCCGCUGUCGAACCUGCUUUCGGUGGCAGCCGUGAUUUGCAACUGGAAACAGGACAAGGUCACCGGCAAACCCGCGGGCGCAGACGAGAGCUGGUGCUACGCGGUGAACACGAUCUCCAUGGUGUGCGGAGUGGCGGCGAAUAUCUGUCUGCUGCUGAACUACCGCAGAAAAAUGAAGUACCACUACGCGCAGGUGGUUUCCAUCACGGGCUGGUUUGUCGCCAGCAUAAUGCUGAUGCUGCUGGUGGCCAUCUACCAUGUGGAAUUUCUUCGCCACGAGCAUUACCGAAGGUACUCUUAUUCUUACGGGUUCUGGUUUGCGGUGUUCACGGUACUGCUACAUUUUGCCAACUUUGUGCUGCUCAGUCUCAACACGCUCGGCGUGCUGCUGAAAAAGUACCCGCCGGUGUUCAACAUUGACGGCGUGCAGAACACGCUCAUUUUGCAGAGCAUGUUCUUUGUGACCUGGAUGAUGUGGGGGGCCGGCAUGUUCACCGCGCUGCUGCACGUGUCGUACGGCGAGGCCCUGUACUUUUCGAUAACCACGAUUCUCACGAUCGGGCUCGGCGACUUUGUGCCGCAGUCCAGCGGCGCCCAGACACUCACUCUGCUCUGGUGUAUUGUCGGGCUGGUGGCGUUCGGGCUGAUUAUUUCGACCAUCAGGGAACUGGUCAUGUUCUCGUCUGCCUCCACGUUCUACUGGCACCGUGUGCAGAGGUUCCGCGAGCUCGAGCUGAAAAACGCGCCGCCAAACCUGUCGAACCAGGAGAGUUUCAGCCGCAUGAAAAAUGCCAGCAGGAAAGCUAGACGGUACGAGCGCAUCUUCAGCACGCUGACGAUCCUCACCACGUGGGUGGUGUUCUGGCUCCUAGGGUCUUUGCUGUUCUCCGUGUACGAAGGCUGGGCGUACCAUCUCAGCUGCUACUUUGCGUUCCUGUGUUUUGUGACGAUCGGGUACGGUGUUCCGGCCCCCACAACGAGCGGCGGGCGGUCAUUAUUCUGUGUGUGGGCAAUUGCGGCGAUCCCAGUUAUGACCAUUCUAGUUAUGAACAUUAGUGACUUCAUUUUCAGCUCGUUAGAGACAAUCCAGAACCUCAAUGUUCUGCGCAAAAAAAACCCGUCGCACUUCGACGACUCAGACCCCGCCGAGGCCAUCCUCCACCACCUGCUGGACGUGAAGAAGGUGUCGGACUUCAACGUCUUCACCACAAGGGAGUACCUUUCUGCCUCCUCGUUCGCUACCGAGCUGGCAAGUUAUAAUAACCCCAGUUAUCAUCAGCCCGAACGCAGCCAACUGGCUGCUCUGCGCAAAGUACCAAACGUCGCCUCGCAUGAAUCACUCAAACCUCGUCUCCGCAAGCAAAACGACCCGCUGCUGUCCAAAAUGAGCCAAUUGCAGCAAAUACUCAUCGAACUGCGCAAAUCCACCCUCCUGUCCAACAUAAAGCCCGACUUCAAGUACUCGUUCCACGACUGGAGCAAGUUUCUCUCUCUGACCGACCUCGACACGAGCUCCGAGUUCUGGCUUGGCGAAAAGUCGCCUUUCGGGUUCCCCAACGACGAGCCACUCUACUUCACAUACCAUUUUCUCCAUGCCCUGGACCGCAAUCUGCACGAGCUGGCGUUGCAAUACGACCAAAUGAACUAA